CCACGAAUAAACGAACGAGUCCACACACUCAGUUCCUUUCUCACUCUCACUCCCCGUGUGUGAGGGCCAUCCGUGCCUCCUCCUCGCUAAGACCCAUGGCCAUCAGCUGAGACAGGGGCGAACCCGACUCAACAUGUGUCUCGUGGUCACCCCCGUCUGUGUGUCUGGGCCUGCCGUCGUUGAUGGAGGGGUCGUUGGCCGGCUCAUGCUGACUGCUGGUGGACGCUGCCAUGGCCUGAGCGCGGAUCUGGGCCAGGCUGUGCUUGGCCAACGCAUACCUGCACAGACGUAGCACACACAGACACAGAGAGGGAGGCGAAAUGAUGGCUUUGUUGCGCUGUGUGUGUGUGUGUGUGUGUGUGCAUACCACGGCUGCGAUUUGAGUUUAGCAACCAGGUUUGGGUCGAAGUCCCUGACGACAUGUGCCUUGCGGACGGACCGGUUGCCGACGAUGUCACGGUACUGCUGCUCCAACCUGACGCAUCCACAGCACCCACACACAGGAGGGAGACACAUCCAUCCAUCCAGGCAAUGAGACAUACAUAAAUACUCGCGUGGAGCUGCUUACCUGCUCAGCUCAUACAAGACCUGCAGGCGACGAAUCUGACCACACACACACAGCACAGCACAGCACAGCACGUGGCCGACGUCGCGAGUGUCUCCAGCUGUCAUGAACGGCCUGCCCGUACCGUACCUGUCUGCGUUGUUUCUGUAGAUGUCUUUUCUCCUUGUAGAAUGUGAGCACCUUGUCCCGCAGCUGCAUGUCGUUGUAAUCGCGAAUGUCCUUCUCGGCCUCCUGACCCACACAUUACACCAGUCAGCACAAGGAACAGUGGAUGGAUGAGACACAGAGGAUGUGUUUCCUGCCCUGAGGUGCCCCCACUGGCGCACCUUCCUGGCCCGCUCCUCGUCGAUGCCUGGGUUGAACUCAAUGUAGGCCUGGUGGGGGAAAGGGACACGUUCACACACACAUAUAGAUAUACUUUCCAACCGGAAGAGUGGUACCCACCCACCCCUCCGACCCACCUCGGUCCGCUCCUCCAGCACCCGCUUGCCCUCGUCACUGACCAACACACGCAGUCGUGCAUCGUGUGGCUGUCGCUGCAUGUAUCGGCCAAGGCUGCCUACCUGUCGAGGAAUCGGUUGACGUACUGCCGGUUGGCCUCCAGGCUGCGCUGCAUCUCACGCUCACACUCCUCCUGCAGGAUGCACCAUGGCACACAGGCAGUCGGUGGAUGUGUGUGUGUGGUGCUUGUUCUCUAUGUGACCUUGAUCUGUUGGUCCACGUCUUGCUCCUCCUUGUCGAGUCGCCUCAUCUGCUCCAGGUGGCCGCGCUGAGUGCCAUUGAGCUUACUGGCCAGCCGACGCAAACGGACCCUGAUAAGACAAUACAAUGGAGAAAUGCGUCGUUCGGACAGACGGCUUGUCUUUACUCGACAACUUCCUCGGCCUUCUGCGCAGGUGACUUUGCGAUCAGCCUGCGUGGACCCCACCCAACUUGUGUGUGCUGCCCAUCCUGUUGGUUGUCUGCUUUGUGCGCGCAGGUGGCUAUGCUGGCUGACCUGGGCUGGAAAGUGCAGCCCUCCAACUCCUGCUGGGCACGCCUACACCAAGACACGUACGACACACGUGUGAAAAGCCUGGCUGGCCGUCACAGCCUUCUUCCUUCUCUCACAUUUGGUCCAGUUCCUCCUUUUGGGCUCUGCGCUCGAUCUCCUUGGCGGCCUGCAUCUCCAGCGACUCACGGUAACGACGCUCGAAAUCAGUGCGAGACAACGACCUGCAGACACGGUUAGGGAGCGGCAGAGAGAGUGAGACAUCGUCGGCCGCGGCCACGUGAAUGUAUGUGUGUAUACUUAUACAUCUACUUGUCUGGCAGCACUCUCGGCUGUGCAUUCUCCCUGUCGAGGAUCUCCUGCUGCUCCGCUAUGCGCUGACGACGCAACUGACUGCAGCCAUUGAUGAUAUGCACCAAACGUCACAGGAGAGAGACACCACAAAUGGACCGGGAGACUAGCAAUCAUUGGCUCACUCACCGGUAUUUGUAAUCAUCGUAGAGGGCAUCGAAACGGGCCUGUCAAGGCAUACAUACCAAGAUACACACACACAUAUACUCUCCAAGGAUUGUCUUUUUCCCCUGUCUGUCGCAGCACCAACAUCCGCACCUGUAUGUCUUUCUCUCUCUGGCACAGCGGACAUCCGUCUCCCCCCUUCCCAUGCUCCCCGUUCUUCAAUCCAUCCACCGCCUUGCCCUCCCCACUCGCACUUGGCCGUCGGCACGAUACAUCCCGUCGGCCGCUGUGGGUGGCCCGGCGGCUUGUCGGCCGGGGCGGGCGGGAGCCACUCUCAACACGACCUCUCGUCACACUACGAGACGGGACACCGGGACUGACGUACACAAAAGACACACAGACACAAACAGGCCAAUGAGUGUGGGAAGGCUUUGGAAUAUGCACAGAGGAUGGUUUGCUUACUGUGUGUUGCGCCUGGUGCCGGUGUAGCCCGAGCGGUUGACGGUGCUCUUGGAUGCCUGUGCUGGAGCUGGAGCCUCAUGCACCGGGCGCCACACGGCCAUCAGCUUGGCCUGCAGCCAGAGACACAAUUGCCAACACAACAGUCAUGCAGUUACCACAUGCAGUUGGGUCCAUGCACGCAGCCACGUUCCCUUACGCCUUUGCGGACGAGUGCCGGUUCGAGCCUUGGGUGGUCCAUCGCGGCGGCUGCCGCACGAAUGCGCUCAUCUGCAUGAGACGUAGGGGUGAUGUGACACACAAGACGUUCCUCAGGGGAAUCCUUCUCUCGUCUUCUCCUGCACAUCGUGUCGUACCAGUCUUCAUCUUGUGCUGGUAGGGGUCGGCAAAGCACGGUGUUCCCACUCCUCCCGGCACCAGAUUCCCUCUCUGCUGCUGGUAAGACGGCCCGCUGACGGGCUGCUGUUGUUGACUACCGGCAGUCGCGUGGGGGGGCCCAUAGAAGCCAGGGGCAUUCACAUAAGCCGCAUUACCAUAACCAAACCCACCCUGCAGCCCUGCCAAGGCAGCAGCAGCAGCGGGGUAGCCGUAGGGCGUCACAUUCAUCGCCGCCGUCUGGCGAGAGGCAGGUUGGGCAACAGCGUGUACGGGGCUGACGGCCGCUUGAUAGGGGUGGCCUCGGGCAGAGGUGAGGUACGUGAUGGGGAUCUGGUAGGCCAUCUCUUCAGCAGCAGGCCGUCAGAGAGAGAACAAAGCGACACGGUGACCCGCUGCCUUUCGUCCGUCAGGGACGUGUCCCGAGACGCACCACUGAUGACGGCGAUGGGGAAGACGUUCUGGACUUCACCUCGGCUGCACUCUUGCGAUUUCAG